AUGGAUCGAUCGCGGACGCAGGAAUGGCCGAAGUGCGACGCCGCGAAGGCGGCGGGAAUCGCGGAGAAGAAGAUCGCGAAGUGCUUGAAGGAGGGCGGGAAGAAGGGCGUGGAGAUCGAGGGCGCGGCGGACAUGUCCGGGCUCACGUGCUUUUGCACGCGAAUGACCGAAGCCGGUGAUUCGGUCGAAUUGCUUGAAGUCUCCAUGGAGGGGAUGAACGCGAUUCCGGAUCCGGCGAACGAGGAAGAGCGUAAGGGCUGCUCGGGGCACAUCUCGAAGCUCAUCAUCGGACACAACGACCAGACGAAUAAGAUCGCCAUGGUCGCGUACGUCGCGGAACCGUUGAAGGACAAGUUGAACGCCACUGAAUGGAUGAAGGCGGUGUGCGAUACCGAUCUCGGUGGUGGCGUCGGUGGCGCGCCGGCGGAAAGUUCCACGGCGACGUGGGCGACGGCGAGCAUCUCCGAAGACACCGACAACGGCAAGUACUACUUGAAGUUCAAGGACAAUGCUUUGACGGCGGCCAUCAACUACUUGCGCGACAAGGGCUUGUUCUUGGAUGACUCCGACUCCGACUCUGGCGACAACCCCGCGGCGGAUUUCGAGUGGUAA